AUGGAGUUAUUUCCCCUGAUAGCCUUAGUUCAACUAAUCAACGAUCCUAAAAGAAUCAUGGGAGGAUUUCUAAGCCAUUCAAUUGAUGUGGAGUCAGCAUAUCCAAGUCCUGAAGCAUGCAAAAAUACAUGCCACUUUCAUGACCCACGUUCACCAUCCCUGGAUAUCAAUAGGACGCCAAUAAUGGUGGCUGACCCAGUCCAUACAAUUCUGGACCCUCGAUCACCUUCUGAAGGAAUAGAACGUACACCCAUUACUUAUCAGUUGCCUCAGAAAUACAGAAAGUCGUGUACCACAGAUGAUGCUUCUCAGACAUUAGACAAAAUUCCGCCGCUCUGCUUUGAAGAUGACAUGGACAUUUCAAAAACAGAAGAAAACGACCAGUUGUCCCCCUCCUUUAUUGCAGAGAUAGAUAGUGGUGAUGAAAAUAAAAAUGACUCCAAUCUGGAAUCAGUGAAGAUCUCUCUUAAUUUCUCUCUUUCUCUCUUUCUUUUUUCUCUCUCUCUCUCUCUUUUUUACCUCUCUCUUUCUCUCUCUCUCUUUCUCUCUCUCAUUUCUCUCUCUCUCUUUCUUCUCUUUCUCUCUCUCUCUUUUAUGGAACUUCUCUCUAUGAAGCAAAUCUCUUUUUCUCUCUCUCUCUCUCUCUCAAAAGUUUUCUCUCUCUCUUUGACUCAAUUCUCCUCUCUCUCUCUCCGUUUAUAA